AUGAAGGUGCCUUCGGCUUUGGGCGUCCUUGCCUGGGCCACCAUUCAGGCGUCGGAAGCAGUUCGUCUGGACAGAAGCUUCCUGAGCCUCUCUGCCGAAAUAGGGAUUUCGGAACAGCAGGGGACGACUCGGCGGUCGCUUCAAGAUGCGCUGGACGACUUGUGCCGAAUUGAGGCCCAGGCAGCGUGUAGAAGCGGCUUGGGCCACUACUGCAAUGCAACGGUGUAUGCGCGAUAUGACGGAGCAAGCAACAAUGUCAACAGCAAAGAAUGGCGGUGUUACGCAGAGGAUGCCCUUGACUUUGGCGUUGCCCGCGCUGGCUGCGUGGACACUUGUGGCAGACAGAAGAUGUGCCCCGGCGCAUACAAUGGCGUAGCAAAAACUUACCUGUCACGCAACAGCCAGUUGAAAGGCCAGGUGGAUGCAUUGAAAGCAGAAUAUUGCAGCGCACCUGCGCCGACACUACAGGAAGCCUUGGACAGAAAGUGCGCUGCUUUUGGUGAAGAAGCAUGCAAUCAAGGACUUUGGGCCUACUGCGACAUUACACUGUACGCUCGCCACGACGUGGGGAAUGCUUCCCAGAAGGGGCGGGAAUGGCGUUGUUUUGCACAGGAUGCGCUUGACUUUGACAUGUCUGGUGAUGGUUGCGUAGACAAUUGUGGGAAUCUCAUUUCUUGCCGGGGUGCGGUGAACGGCACCUCAUCCAAACACUUAUCUCGCGGAAACGAGAUCUCCUCAGUAAUUCUUGGAGACAAGGAAGAGGAGGAGGCCGUCGAGGCUCCUGAUGCUACAACACCUCCGUCAAUGCCCCCUUCCAAACUUCAAGGUGCCUUGGACGGGUUCUGCGCUGAGGAGGGGAGGCGCGCCUGCGGACAAGGACUGAAUGCCUACUGCAAUGCCGACAUGUUCGCGCGUUUCGACGUGGGAACCGCGAGCCAGCAGAAUAAGGAAUGGCGCUGUUAUGUAAAGGAAUCUCUAGAUUUCGGCAUGUCCGGUGAGGGUUGUGUGGACGAUUGUGGGAACUUCACAUCUUGCCUUGGUGCGGUGAACGGUGCCUCCACUACACACCUCACUCGGGAUGCUGGGCUAAGGUCAGCGCUUGCUGCAAACAAGGACGAAUUCUGCAAGACUGAGUCAGACGCCCCGGAAACAUCUGAAGAGGAGGAGGAGGCCGUCGAGGCUCCUGAUGCUACAACACCUCCGUCAAUGCCCCCUUCCAAACUUCAAGGUGCCUUGGACGGGUUC